UAUUGACAGUUUUUUAGAUACGGUCCUACUGAGCAGAAAUGUGCAUGUGGAAAUUUAUAAGAAAUAAACUAUAUAAGUCGUAAUUCUGUAGAUACUUCAGAUACGACUGAGUAUAUUACUUCGCGACAGUUAAAUUAAAGUAAAUCAAGCUGGUUAUUUGUAAAUAUCUACAUUUUUAAAGUACAUCUAUAUGUACAUAUGCGUCAGUUGGACACAAAAUUUCUCCCGGCAAAGCAUUACAUAAAACCUAAAAAUUUCAGGGCAAUUUCGUAAAUUUUAUCACAGCUCAUUAAAAGAAUCAAAUGGUUGUGUGACAAUUCAUAUCAGCGGGUCCGAAAUCGCCCUAGAAGUCUAUUAAACGGCUAGACUACUCGUUUUGGAGAUUUCUUACAAAAACUAAUCUGGGUUAUACGUAAUGCAACAAGCUUUACCAAAUAUAUCAACACAAACAGAUAUAGCCGUCAUGCAGCCCCAUUCAACUCAAAAUAUGUACGUUUCAACGGGAAACAGCAGUUCUGGAAACAGUAGGUCAAACCCACAAAGCAGUGUGAUUUUUCGAGGACCGCCACCGUCGUCCAACGCUCCACGUGGCGCCAACGGCAAUGGAACACGCCAUGUCCAUGUCCAACCUAUGUACUCUCAAAGCCUUCACCAAAAUAUGGUGCUACAACCAUACACACAGUAUAAUCCGCGACAGCAGUCUUUUCCCGCUUCUCAUAUGCAAUAUGCUCCGCCUUUGUCGUACUACCAAUACCAAUAUGUGCCAACUCUUCAGCAACAACCACCGCCACAUUCGCGUAGCGCCGUGACGGUAAAUACGAACGUCAAUGUGGCGAACACUUUGCAAUCAGUCCAAUCUGUACAAAACGGUCCACUUAGUGGCCAAGGGCCUACAUCAUCACAGUUGCAACUGCUUACAAGCUCAGUGCCGACUGGAGCGAACACGGUGAUUGGCGUAGGUGGACCUGGUAGUGGAAUGGGACAGGUAGGUGUGGCACCUAUGGUUGGUGUAAUACCAGCAGCUGUGCAAACCCAAGCCGUGCCUGUACAACCCAGUAGACGUCGCCAUCAGCAUCGUCUACAAAUUAUAGAUCCGGCCACGAAAAAGAAUAUAUUAGAUGAUCUGGACAAGACAACCACUAAAUCUGAAAAUUCAGACUUCUCUGAGCAAACAAUAACAACAUCUGUAACUGCAGUUCCUCCGGACUCGACAAUAGGCAUUUCCCUCCAAGAUGCUAUUGGGACAAAUGUUGAAUGUAAUGUAGCCUUACAAAGCUCAGAUUCUCGGAUGACAACACCAUAUAUAACUUUGGAUUCUUCAAUACGCCAAGAUGUUGGAAGUACUCCUGUCGUAUCCGCAAUGUCUGAUGCGCCUUCUGUUGAAAUUUAUUCGAUGCCUCAAAAAAAUAAAAGCAAGAAAAUUCCCAUAGCGUCGAAUAAAAAUGUAUUGGAAUGUUCGGAUGCUUCUUUAUCUUCCGAACUUGUUGAAAAUAAAAGGGAAAACAAUCAACAAGCAACCGCACAGGAUAAUUUUUCCACAAUUAACAUACAGCGGCAGCCGGUAUCUAAUACUCAAAUAAAUGAGCAAAUAUUAACUGUAUCAGAGAAGGAGAACGUUGGGAAAACUGUUUCAUCAUCUGUUUCUGAUGUUAUACCAGAUGUACAGCGAUCUGAUGCUAAUACGUCAUCGCCAGAAUCAGAAUAUACUAGUAUAAAUGAAGCUGCGCCAGUUAAUACAAUGAAGGUUUUGUAUAAUGCAAAAACUGAAAUAUUGGAAAACCAUUUGCAGUCGAGUGCUAAAGGUAAUCAGAUUCAUGACCAACCAAAACCAAAAAGUGUUCCUAAUAAAACUGAUAAUUCCUCAAUGGUAAUUAAAGAAGAAAAAUUGGAAUCAGUUAAGUUGGACUCCAUAAAAUCCAAAGAUAUAUCAUCUGUUUUAAUGGAUUUUGAAAUAUCAUCUAAAGAGACAAAGUCUCAAGAUGUCCACGUAGAUGAUUUACAGAACCUUUCCCAAUCUGAAGAUAAAGAUGAGGUGGAGCAUGUGGCUGAGAAUAAACAUGAUUCCCAAGACUAUGAGCUUUCUGUGAAAAAUGAACCCGCAGAAAUGUUAUCGGUGCCCCUUAUUAACUAUAAUGAAGGUCAAUGGUCUCCAAGUAAUCCAAGCGGCAAAAAACAAUACGAUCGUGAUCAGUUAUUACUUUUGCGAGAGGCUAAGGCAUCUCGGAUCCAGCCUGAAGUUAAAAAUGUUUCUAUACUUCCUCAACCAAAUUUAAUGCCAUCAUUUAUACGAAAUAAUAAUAAUAAUAAGCGAGUACAGUCGAUGGUAGGUUUAAUUGGCAAUCGCAGUUGUGAACCUGGAGGCAAUUACAUUGGAAAACAAGUAUCGAUGUCAGGUGUACAAGCAAGCGGGGGAAGAAACAGUAUGAAAGGGAUGAUACAUGUUAAUUUAUCAUUAAAUCAGGAUGUUAAGUUAAAUGAGAACGAAAACGCAUGGCGACCACGACUGUUAAAUAAAUCAGAGGGAGAUAGUAACUUAAAAGAAACCCAAGAAAAAGAAGAUUUAGUACGCCGGGUUCGGGGUAUAUUAAACAAGCUAACGCCUGAAAGGUUUGACACGCUUGUUGAGGAAAUUAUCAAGUUAAAAAUUGAUACUCCAGAUAAAAUGGAUGAAGUUAUUGUAUUGGUAUUUGAAAAAGCUAUUGAUGAGCCAAAUUUUUCUGUAUCCUAUGCCAGACUUUGCCACCGUCUUAUUACAGAGGUAAAAGCACGCGAUGAGCGAAUGGAAAGCGGUACCAAAUCUAAUUUGCAACACUUCCGUAAUGCUUUAUUGGAUAAAACCGAAAGAGAGUUUACUCAAAAUGUUUCUCAAAGUACUGCUAAGGAGAAAAAACUGCAACCAAUUGUAGAUAAAAUAAAAAAAUGUAACGAUGGAAAUGAAAAAGCUGAACUUGAGGCUCUGCUUGAGGAGGAGGAACGAAAAAUACGCCGCCGCUCCGGAGGCACUGUUCGAUUUAUUGGCGAACUUUUUAAAAUAUCCAUGUUAACCGGAAAAAUAAUAUACUCUUGCAUUGAUACUCUUCUGAAUCCACACUCUGAAGAUAUGCUUGAAUGUCUUUGUAAACUGCUUACUACAGUUGGUUCAAAGUUUGAACAGACUCCCGUCAAUUCCAAAGAUCCGACGCGGUGUUACUCACUUGAGAAGUCUAUAUCUAGAAUGCAAGCAAUCGCAUCAAAAACUGAUAAGGAUGGCGCUAAGGUUAGCUCUAGAGUGCGUUUUAUGCUACAAGAUGUUAUCGAUUUGCGCAAGAACAAAUGGCAGUCAACGCGUAACGAGGCCCCUAAAACUAUGGGCCAAAUCGAAAAAGAGGCCAAAAAUGAGCAGCUCUCUGUUCAGUAUUUUGGUAGUUUGCCUGGAUCUUCUCCGAUUGUGUCGCACGGGGGCCCUAGUAAAAGAGAAGAUCGGGGAAAUUCUAGAUUUGGUGACUCCCGUUCGGGAGGUGGAUAUACUGGCAGUCACAGUCAACGUGGUGACAAUGGUAACCUGAGACAUCAGCAGCAAAAUAAUGAAGGUGGCAGAAAUGGGCCUGGUGGGUCUGGUCACUCUAAUGGAAACAACGAUGACAACACUUGGCACGUGCAAACAAGCAAAGGAAGUCGAUCCCAAGCCGUUGACAGUAACAAACUGGAAGGACUGUCAAAACUAUCGGACCAAAAUUUGGAAACAAAAAAAAUGGGCGGUGUAACGCAAUUUAUUUGGAAUAAUAACACGUCAAGACAAUCAUCAGCUCCAACAUCAACGCCAACAAAUCCUUUUGCAGUUCUAUCAUCGCUGAUUGAUAAGAAUAAUACUGAUAGGGAACGAGAUCGUGAACGCAGCGGGCCAAGAAACAAAGGCUCAUACAAUAAGGGAUCCAUAGAGCGCGACAGAUAUGAUAGAGGUAUUACCACGAGAACUGGAUCAUCUCAUGGGUCAAGAGAGAACUCGUCGUCCCGCAGUGGUCAGCAGGUUCGCAGUUUAAUCAAUACAUCGGUUCACAAAUCGUCUAGUCAAACGAAAUACCCACAGCAAGCUCCACCCCAUAGACAAGCAGCCAAGGCACAAUCUUUGUUGGGCGCCAUAAAUGCUAGCUCAAGUGGAACUCAACGUGGUACCGAACAAGUUUCAUUUUCGGGUGCUUCUAUACCGGUGGCGCAAAGUCGAUCGACUGCCCCAGAAGCAGUUUUUACAGACGCCAGUGAAACUGAUCUAAAGCUUAUCAAGUCAGUUGUUUCAGAAAUGAUUGAACUCGCUGCUGCCUCAAAAGCAGUGACGCCUGCGGUUAUUGCAUGUAUAAAACUCAUCCCUGAAGGACUGCGAUGUAGUUUUAUAUAUUAUAUAUUAACUGAUUAUUUGCAUUUAGCGAAUGUCGGUAAACAGUAUAGGCGUUAUCUUGCUAUUACUGUGGAUUUACUAAUAAAGCAGAAUUACAUCUCUGUGGAUCAUUUUAGACUGGCGUACAAUGAAUUUAGCGAGUACGCGAACGAUUUAAUAGUUGAUAUUCCAGAGCUAUGGCUAUAUAUUCUUGAGUUUGUUGGUCCCUUGAUUGUCAAGAAUGUUCUAACGCUUUCAGAGUUGUGGAAUAAAAAAUUAAAAGACAAUAGCCAUUCAAACGUGUCUAAAAAGUUCCUCAAAACAUAUUUGUCAUAUUGCACACAAGAAGUUGGCCCGAAUUUUACCCGUACUAUGUGGGUCAAGUUUAAAAUGCAAUGGUCAGAUUUUAUGCCUGAAACUGACGUGAAUGAUUUUAUUGAAUCCAAUAGAUUAGAAUAUGUGGAAAAUGAAUUAAAGUCACCAGUGUUUCGCCCGAGGGAGUGCCAAGAAAAACACGUUAAAAAUGUGAUAGAACAUAUUGAACAUUUGUUAAAGGAAGGGACAUCGGCAGAUAGCAUAAUCGAUUAUAGUAACGGAAAUAUUAUGGUGGUAGACAAGCUUUUUAUAAGAGGCUUAACCGAAACAUUGAGCAAUUUUUCAAUCAUCUACAAAGAAAACAGCUACAAACUUGAGUCCGAAACCUUCCAGAAGUUUUGUAUACCAGUUUUACAGAGAUACAUUGAUUCUAAUGAAGAUCAUCAACUGGAAUGUUUAUAUGCAAUGCAACUCUUAGUGCAUGGCUUGGAGCAUCCGAGAGGCUUGUUGGGUGAACUAAUCGGCGAGCUUUAUGACGGUUAUGUAAUUCAGAAAGAAUCACUUUACAAAUGGAGAGAUUCCAAGGACCAGUCAGCUGGCAAGGGAGUUGCUGUCAAAAGUCUUAAUCCGUUCUUUAACUCAUUAAUCAAUGAUGAAGGCAACUGAAAAAAUGAUGUUUCCAACUGAAAAAUGAUGAAACACGAAAUACAAACUAAAGCAUACUUUAAAUAUUUGUAAUAAAAUUCUCAAAAUCGAAAAGUGUGCAAAGAGGGUUCUGUUACCGAAAAUAUAGAUUUCUAUAUGGAUUAGUUUAAUAGAUUUUGUGGUUGCAUAGACAUAAAAUUACUAUAUGCAAAAAAAUAAAGCGGAAAGAUAAUGUAAA